AUGGGCAGGACAUGGUGCCGGUACCUGGCGGUCCAGCUGUCCCCGGCCAUCCCGGUGUUCGCGGCCGUGCUGUUCCUGUUCGCCAUGGCCACGCUCCUGCGGACCAGCUUCAGCGAUCCCGGCGUGAUCCCGAGGGCCCUGCCCGACGAGGCAGCCUUCAUCGAGAUGGAGAUUGAGGCCACCAACGGGACAGUGCCGCAGGGCCAGCGCCCACCCCCGCGGAUCAAGAACUUCCAGAUCAACAACCAGAUAGUGAAGCUCAAGUACUGCUACACGUGCAAGAUCUUCCGUCCACCCCGUGCCUCUCACUGCAGCAUCUGCGACAACUGCGUGGAGCGCUUCGACCAUCACUGUCCCUGGGUGGGCAACUGCGUGGGGAAGAGGAACUACCGCUACUUCUACCUCUUCAUCCUCUCGCUCUCACUCCUCACCAUCUACAUCUUCACCUUCAACAUCGUCUACGUAGCACUGAAAUCUCUGAAGAUUGGGUUUCUGAACACAUUGAAGGAAACCCCAGGGACUGUACUGGAGGUGCUCAUCUGUUUCUUCACCCUGUGGUCAGUGGUGGGGUUAACUGGGUUCCACACCUUCCUGGUGGCACUGAAUCAGACAACUAACGAAGAUAUUAAGGGGUCCUGGACUGGGAAGAACCGCGUGCAGAAUCCCUACAGCCAUGGCAACAUAGUGAAGAACUGCUGCGAGGUGCUCUGUGGGCCUCUGCCCCCCAGCGUCUUGGACAGACGGGGCAUUCUGCAGCAGGAGGAGAGCACAUCUCAGGAGGAGUCGGGGUCCCGGGGUCCCAGUACGGCACAGGGCCCUGCUGGGCAGGCAGAGGGGAGCAGCACCCAGCAGGACAGCAGCCUUCCUCACCCCCCUGCUGUCCCUGUACCAUCCCUGGGCACCGCUGAGAUGCCAGAGGAGAAGCAGCUAACGUCUGGGGAGCUCCCGGCCCCAUCCCAGGACGCUGGGCAAGCAGAGCACUAACCUCUGCUUGAAAGGGAGAACUUUCUUGUUUUGUCUAAUCAAAGCUGGAAGUGAUUGAGGAGAGGAGGAGAAGGGCUGGAUGGCAGGCAAAUGAUUCCUCAUGGCCGUUUUGCUUUAGUCAUUACUCACCCCGGUGUGCAGGCGGUGCGGGUGGCGCUGGCCUGGCUCGGUGUCGGAGGAUCAGGAGCACGAGUGGCCACCUUGGUCACCUGGGGGCAC